GGCCGCGCGCUGGAGCUGGCCGAAGCGCGGCGGCGGCUGCUGGAAGUGGAGGGCCGCCGGCGCCUGGUGUCGGAGCUGGAAAGCCGCGUCCUGCAGCUGCACCGAGUCUUCCUGGCGGCCGAGCUGCGCUUGGCGCACCGAGCCGAGAGCCUGAGUCGCCUGAGCGGCGGCGUGGCCCAGGCCGAGCUCUACCUGGCUGCGCACGGCUCCCGGCUCAAAAAGGGCCCGCGCCGCGGCCGCCGGGGCCGGUCACCCGCGCUCUUGGCGUCCGCGCUGGGCCUGGGCAGCUGCGUGCCCUGG